AUGACUACAGCGACUAUCGAUUCAUUAGUUUGGGUUGAUAAUCAACCUCUAUCAGCUGGAGCAUUACCAACAUCAUUACAAUCAUUGAAGUUUGGUAAAGACUAUACUCAACCAGUAUCAGUUGGAGUAUUACCAUCAUCAUUACAAUCAUUGGUGUUUGGUUAUUACUUUGAUCAACCACUAUCAGUUGGAGUAUUACCAUCAUCAUUACAAUCAUUGAAGUUUGGUGAUGACUAUAAUCAACCUCUACCAGUUGGAGUAUUACCAUCAUCAUUACAAUCAUUGGUGUUUGGUUAUGACUAUAAUCAACCUAUACCAGUUGGAGUAUUACCAACAUCAUUAUUAUCAUUGGUGUUUGGUUCUGACUAUAAUCAACGUCUAUCAGUUGGAGUAUUACCAUCAUCAUUACAAUCAUUGGUGUUUGGUGAUAGAUACAAUCAACCACUGCCAGUUGGAGUAUUACCAUCAACAUUACAAUCAUUGGUGUUUGGUGAUGGAUACAAUCAACCACUAUCAGUUGGAGUAUUACCAUCAUCAUUACAAUCAUUGGUGUUUGGUUAUGACUAUAAUCAACCUAUACCAGUUGGAGUAUUACCAUCAUCAUUACAAUCAUUGGUGUUUGGUUAUGACUAUAAUCAACCUAUACCAGUUGGAGUAUUACCAACAUCAUUACAAUCAUUGAAAUUUGGUUAUUACUAUAAUCAACCUCUAUCAGUUGGAGUAUUACCAACAUCAUUACAAUCAUUGGUGUUUGGUGAUAGAUACAAUCAACCACUGCCAGUUGGAGUAUUACCAUCAACAUUACAAUCAUUGGUGUUUGGUUAUUACUAUGAUCAAGCACUAUCAGUUGGAGUAUUUCCAUCAUCAUUAUUAUCAUUGGUGUUUGGUCAUAGAUAUAAUCAACCUCUAUCGGUUGGAGUAUUACCAACAUCAUUACAAUCAUUGGAGUUUGGUGAUAGAUAUAAUCAACCUCUACGAGUUGGAGUAUUACCAUCAUCAUUACAAUCAUUGGUGUUUGGUGAUGGAUACAAUCAACCACUGCCAGUUGGAGUAUUACCAUCAUUACAAUCAUUGAGGUUUGGUUGGGACUUACAAUCAGCAAUCAGAUAUAUAUGCCCAUUUGAUCAAUCAAUAGGGAUCAGCAAAGGAUUUGUCAAGUACCCAUCAAUCGGAGUGAUCAAACUUCCGUUUGAGAAUAAUAAGACAGUCAUUUUCGCACAUCAAAGAAUCAACGCUCCAACACCAUUUGAAUCUAUAGACUGCCGUCCCCAUUUAUUCAGGCCUCCACCAAUUGUUGAAGGUGAUGAUCCACACAAUGGCACCAACAUCGAUGAUGAUUCCAAACAACAAAAGGGGACAUCACUCAACACAAAUCCCAACUCUAUCAAUUAUUCUACCAAAUAUUUAAUGACAUACCCAAUUGAUCAAUCUUCUUUUGUAACAGUCAACUCCAACAAAUAUUUUAAACUACACUCCUUUCCAUAUUCAGCCAACAAAGUAUUUUUGGUGAUGUCUGAAUCAUACGACGAACUGCUUGUUUAUAAAGAAAUAGAUUACUCUCUCAAUCAAUCGAUCUAUGACAAAAUACAAUUUGAAAUCGAAACAAUGAAACUAUUCAUCAACGACUCUAUGUUUGUGCAAUACAAAGAUCACCAAGAUGAUACCGAUUCAAAAAAGAUAUAUAUUUUGACACAUUUCUGUGAAGGUGGUGAUUUAGAACAAUUAUUUCAAUCAAUCUAUAAAUGGAAUGAAUCCCAAAAAACUAUUGAUCAAAAAGAAUAUAAAUAUAUUUUAGAAUCAGAUAUAUGGGUCUAUAUUCGACGAUUAUUCCUCAUACUUGAAAAACUAUCUCAACACAAUCUUGCACAUCUUGAUAUCAAACCACUCAAUCUAUUUAUUGGAUUAGACGGUGAAAUAGUUCUUGGUGAUUUUGGUUGUUGUCAAUAUUUCAUUGAUCAACCAGUUCUAUCUCCGGAUAUUGGUAAAACCUGCGACACUCACCCAGAACGCAUGGAUGAUCAAACAAAAUCACAAGAUACAAAUAUUAUGAUGGCAAUAGCUACAACACUUGCUUCUCGUGGAACAAAUGGAUAUUACUCACCUGAAUCAAAACAUAAGAAAUAUUAUUCUUCAAAUGAUAUAUAUUCAGUUGGAUCAACUCUUUUUCAUUUACUUUCAUGUCAUCUAGAUGAUAUUGAAAAUAGAAAACAAUUUAUCUUGAAUCACAAAAAGCACGACUUUAGUACAGAUCAUAUUAAAAUAUCAACAGAUAGAUACUCCGAACAUUUAAUUAAUUUUGUCAAGAAACUAUUAAUCGAAACACCUCACAAUCGACUUUCAUUGGAUGAUUUAACAGGAGAAAUAGUCAACCAACACACACAAAGAAUCAAAUCAUUUUUAAUCGAUCAACGACAAAUUCUACCAAACACAACAACAUUAAUAUUGGAUGGUGAAUUCAACAGUCCCCUCACUGGAUUACUUCCACGAACACUUUUAAAAUUAAAGUUAUUGGGAAACUUUAAUCAACCAAUCAAAUGGGGAGAUAUUCCCUAUGGAGUUGAAACAUUAAUAUUCGGAUCAUCAUUUAAUAGUGAAAUCAAACAUUUGCCUGGAUCGCUAAAAAAACUGGUUCUUGGCAAAUCAUUCGACUGUCCAGUGCUAUCAAACAUUUCAAACACCUGCAUACUCGACCUAACAAUAGAUAGUAGCUGUGUAAAUUCAGAAAUAAUUAGGGAAAGAGAAUAUCUAGAACAAGUAAACAAUAUCAACACAUAUCAUUUAUCUGGAAUACCCAAUAUUGCAGAUUCAUUUAUAAACGACAAUAUUAAAUACAAUUCAAUCUUAACGAUUGGUGAAAAUUGUUAUGGAAGUGGUAAAACCAAUAUGUAUGUUAGAUGUUGCCUGAUAAAUUAUCAUGUAUUAAUAACUAGAAUAAAAAACAAAAUGGUAUCUUUGGAGAACAAUAUUCUACAAUGGAAGAAUAAUAAUAUCAAAAUAUCAAUAGAUUUAAACGAUGUUGGAGUGAUAUCAAAUGUUCAAGCAUCAAUUCAUCCCCAUUUAUAUUGUCAAAUCGAUAAACUCAAAUUCGAAGCAUUGAACAAACAGCUAGACUUUAAAGCCAUUGAAUACCCACUUCCAAAUAUGACUAAACUAUUUGAAUUGGAUGAAGAUAACCUUCAUCAAGUAUAUCAAGAUGAUCAAUACUUGAAUAUAAGAUUCAUUCCACUAAAACCAACAAUGCGGGAAUAA